AUGAAGAGCGGGUGCAGCAUCUUUGUUGGAAACAUAGAUUUCGAAGUUCCAGAAGAGCGCAUAAUAGAGGAACUUGGUGCAGUGGGAAAGGUCGUUAGCUUUCGGAUGGUUUACGAUAAGACAACUGGAAAGUCGAGGGGGUUUGGAUUCUGUGAAUACGAAUCUCCACUGAUUGUGGAGAAGGCGCUGCAGAACUUGAAGAUCUCAUUCAACGGAAGGCCUGUCAAGAUAAACUAUGCCGAAAAUGACAUGCCCGCAAAGGCCAGGGAGCCUGAGAGCCAAGUUCCCGAGAUAGACAACCUGAUCAACGUGCUGGACAACAUGGACAAAGACAAUCUGAAGGAGGUUCUCUUCUACUUGCGAAAGCUAGCGCUGGACCAGCCGUCAUACCUAAGGGAGCUUUUGAAUAAAAAUCCAAAUCUUGUUUAUGCGAUCAUCCAUGCCAUGCUUAAGCUCAAGUUGGCUGAUCCCGGGGUUGUCGACGAGAUUUUGAAGGAAUCAUUCGACCUCACCAAGCAGAAGAUGCAGGUCCUGGAGAGAAUAUGCUCCAUCUCUGAGGACGACCUGUGCUUCUUCCCAGAGGACGUAAGAAACAAGGUCAAGAAAGUAAGAAGCAUGGUUCUGAAGUCCAGAGCGGAAAAGUAA